GCGGCAGCGCGCUCCGGGGACGCGAACGGGACCGGGACCGGCACCGACAGACAGACACCGGCACCGACAGACAGACACCGGCACCAGCACCGGCACCGGCCCCGGACCGGCCCGCCGCGCUGCCCGGAGGGCGCGGAGCCGCCGGGAGGACGCGCCGCUGCCCAGCCCCAAACCCAGCGGAGGAGGCGAAAAUGGGCCGAAAAAAAAUCCAGAUCAGCCGGAUUUUGGACCAGCGGAACCGGCAGGUGACCUUCACCAAGCGGAAAUUCGGGCUGAUGAAGAAGGCGUACGAGCUGAGCGUGCUGUGCGACUGCGAGAUCGCCCUGAUCAUCUUCAACAGCACCAACCGCCUGUUCCAGUACGCCAGCACCGACAUGGACAAGGUGCUGCUCAAGUACACCGAGUACAGCGAGCCCCACGAGAGCCGCACCAACUCCGACAUCCUCGAGACGCUGAAGCGCAAAGGGCUGGGGCUGGAGAGCCACGAGCUGGAGCUGGAGGAGGGCCCGGAGCCGCCCGGGGACAAGGGCAGGAGGAGCGGGGAGGGCGUGGAUCUGUCCCUGGCGCGGCCCAGGUUUUAUAGCCCGGUGCCGCUGCCCGAGGCCGCCUACGGCAGCUCGUCCCCGGCCACCGAGGGCUCCCUGGGCAGCGGCAGCAGCUCCCCGCAGGGCCCGGGCCGCUCUCCCGCCUUCAGAGCCGCGGCUCCAAAGCCACCGGGACGGUCCCCAGGGCCACUGCCCCCAGGGCUCAGCUACCCCCUGUUCCCCGCCGCCAGCCUGAGCCGCGCCCUGGCCACCAAGACGCCGCCGCCGCUGUUCCUGGGGGCCGAGGGCCGGCGUGGCGAGUGCCAGGGCGGCGUGGCGAGCGGCCGGAGCGCUGCCGGCGUAGCGCGGCCGCUCUUCCCCGCGCUGCAGACGCUGAGCCCCGUGCUCAGCCCGGGCAGCUCCGGCCUCCCGAGCCACGGCCUCGCCGGCUUCCCCUUCCUCAGCCCGGCCCAGGCGGAUUUUGGGGCUGGCGAGGUCGCGCCGCCCCCCGGAUUCCUGCAGCCCCCCCCGGCGUGGCAGCACCCCCGGGACCUGGCAGCGCUGGCGGCCAGCAGCCGCACCGUCCCCGCGGAGGAGCCAGCCGCUGUCCCCGGCGCGUCCCCGCAGCACCAGGCCAUCAGCAUCAAGUCGGAGCGGGUGUCGCCGGGGCUGGGCUGUCCCCCGGGCACCCCCCAGCCGCCCCUGGCCAGCCUGGCGCCCCUCAGCGAAGCCUCCCGAGCCCCCGGCGACCUCCAGCCCCGCGAUGACUUCGCCAAGGGCUUCCCCCCGUACGCGCCGGGGCCGCCGCGGCCGCUGCCGGACGAGCAGAGGGUCCCCGUCCCCCCUGUCCCCCCUGUCCCCCCUGUCCCCACGCGCAGGGGACAGCCCGUGGACGUUUGGCACAGAUAGCGAGGCCGGCGGGGCGCGGGGACCCCGCUCGGGGGAGCAGCCCCCCGCCCCUGCCCCGUCCCAGCCCCUCGGGAAGCCCCCGCGCCCGGUGCCACCGGCAGGGUCACUGUCCCCACCCUAGGGACCCCCCUCCCCGGCGCCCCAAAUGCCACCAGGUCCCCUCCUUUCGGCCGUGCCAGGAGCCCGGCGCUGGACGCUGUCCCCUCCUGCCCCCUCCUGUCCCCUGCUGUCCCCUCCUGUCCCCUGCUGUCCCCAGCGAGCGGGAGUGGCCGGGAAGUGCCACGCGGUGGCAGCAGGACUGAGAGCAGCGGCAGCGGCUCCAAUUCCGGCCCGAUCCCGCGGCCAGGGGACAGGGGACACGAGAGGGGACACGGAAGGGGACAGGGGACAGCGCCGCGCCCCCAGCCCGGGGCUCUUUUCUAUUUAUUAUCCAAUAAA